AUAAAACAUUCAAUUAUCAUCUGAGAAUAAAAAACCUUCAUUUCAAAAAUCGGUGCUUGGAGGGAGACACAGAGAGAUUUGAUUGAUGGAAUUGGUCCCGUACGAUUCGGAGACGAAAUCAUCGAUCCCCACAAAUCUCGCGUGGCAAGAGAUGUUUCGUUCCGCUUCAUCGCGUAAACCUCAAGACCCUCCGUCUUCUUCUUCUUCGCCACCGCGUAAACCUUCCGGCGAUGGAGGAAGAGGAGGAGAAUCAUCAUCCAACAAAACAUCUUUAUCAACCGCUGAUUCACAAGCACGUCUCGCUAUGUACAUAGCAAUGGCUCACGCUGGUCUCGUUUUCGCCAUUUGUGUUCUGUAUUUCGUUGGAAAGCUAUUACAAGAGUAUCUAAGACCGAUUCAAUGGGCGAUUCUUUGUUCGAUUCCUUUGAGAGGUAUUCAAGAAACCCUUGUUGAUUUCUGGAGCGAGCCUUUGAAAUUAGGGCUAACGGAAGUUGUUCUCGCUGUUCCUGUUUCUGUCUUCAAUGUUUUCAUCGGAUCCAUUGUGGAUAUUAAAAAUCUCUGCUUUAGGGUUUUUCUUAGGAGAUCGAAACCUAAGAGAACCAGGAAGAAGAACGGUACUGGGUUUUCCAAAUUGGUUAGAUGGUUAGUCUCUUUUGGUGUAUUUGUGAUUGCUUAUGAGAGAAUUGGGGGUAUUGGGUCUCUUGUGAUUCUCUCUUUAGGGUUUUUGUUUAGUUCCAAGAAUGUCGAUUCGUCUCUCUCUGCGGUUUCUUCUCUGAGGAGUAAUAGUUUUAGGAGAAGCCAUUUCACUGCUUAUUUCACUAGAGGGAUAAUGAAGAGAUUGAAUACAAUUGUUGCUAUUGGUUUGAUUGUGCUUAUGAUUGUUGGUUCUUUGACUGGUGUCAUCUUCUUCUCGUAUAAGAUCGGUGUUGAAGGGAAAGACGCGGUUUAUUCUCUGAAAUCUCAUGUUGAAGAGAGUAAUUACGCUGAGAAGAUUGGGAUCAAGCAAUGGAUGGAUGAGAAUGAUGUUCCUGGAAUGGUAGAUAUGUAUACAACGAAGUUCUAUGAAACGGUUUCUGAGCAGAUUGAUAGUUUGGCAAUGCAGUAUAAUAUGACGGAGUUAGUCACGGGGAUUAAGCAUUUCGUGAUCGGGCAUCCUCAGAACACGUCGACACCAUCCACAGCGCUUAUAACUCCGUCUCCUUAUACAGAGAAGCUCAUGAGUUUGAGGACUCGGGUUAAGAACCGGGAGUGGAGUCAGAUCUACUCGGAGGUUGAUGUGAUUUUCAGGGAGCUUAUUAUCACAAGAGAAGAUUUAGUGGAGAAAGCUAAAGGCUUUGCUGUUAAAGGAAUGGAUGUAUCUCAACGGGUAUUCUCAAGCAGCGCAUCGGUUGUUGGAGGCGGUGCUAAGUUCGUUUUCUCUAUUGGAAACUUGAUAAUCUCGGGAGCAGCAGAGUUUUUCAACUUUAUUUCUCAGCUAAUGGUUUUCAUUUGGGUUUUAUACAUUCUAAUCACAUCAGAAUCAGGCGGUGUGACUGAGCAAGUCAUGAACAUGCUCCCGAUCAACGCAAGUGCUAGAAACAGAUGUGUCGAAGUCCUAGACUUAGCGAUCUCCGGCGUGCUUUUAGCAACAGCGGAAAUCGCCUUCUUCCAAGGAUGUCUCACUUGGCUAUUGUUUAGACUAUACAAUAUACAUUUCCUUUACAUGUCAACCGUUCUGGCCUUCAUCAGUGCUCUGUUACCGAUUUUCCCUUACUGGUUCGCGACAAUCCCAGCGGCUUUGCAACUAGUGCUAGAAGGAAGAUACAUUGUUGCAGUAACUUUAUCUGUGACUCAUCUUGUGCUAAUGGAGUAUGGUGCUUCAGAGAUUCAAGAUGACAUUCCAGGGUCCAAUGCUUACAUUACUGGACUAAGUAUUAUUGGUGGAGUGACUCUGUUUCCUUCUGCUCUCGAGGGAGCGAUAAUGGGACCGUUGAUAACGACGGUGGUGAUUGCUUUGAAGGAUCUGUAUGCAGAAUUUGUUCUGAAUGAUCCAAAGAAGAUCAAUUAGCUGUUAUUGGUUUCUUUGAUAGGAGCUUCAAGUGCUUCUACCAUGGCUGCUUUGUAUUGGAAGAAGAAUCAUGUAGAUUAGUAGAGGGAGACUCAAGUGUUGAUUGAAGUGUGUUUUUUUGUGGAUUGUAAUUUAUAGUGUGGAGAGAAAUGUGUAGCAGUAAAUUUCAAUUAUUGUU